AUGGCUGAUCGUUACCAGCACCCGGUUUUCUUUGAGUGUCAGAGUCUUAAAGAAGAACAUCUGACGAGAGUACAGAAAUAUUUCGGUAUUCGCCGCAAAUCUGGCGGAGGAGAGUGCGGACUUGUGACCAUAGUGGACGAGAACGUCUACAGUGUUGCUUUCCGAAAUAAAAAAGGGUUUUGCUACAUGUUGAUACCUGUUCUCAUGUCUUCCCAAUCACAGACUCCUGAGCACAUUCCUGCCUCGUCUCUUCUACCAACUGAUAAGGAGUAUGAACUACACGUUGAUAAUUAUCUCCUUCGUUACCUGAAAGAAUGUCCUCAUGCUCAGCAAGAACUUGAGAACAUGCUUGGCUGUUUAGCCUGCUCUGCUGAACUUUACUGUGAGGAGGGGAGGGUUUUAGUCAGGAGGCGAGCUCAACCUGGUGCUGCAGAUGAAGUUAGUGACUGGAAAACUGAGGUAGACGCUCUCUUUGGUGGCUACUCGUGCCAUUAUGAGAUAAACCCUGACAAAGUUAAAGCUUUGGUUCAGUCCAGCAGCUCUUGUCAGACUGCAGGUGAGGUGAAGGUGUACACAGAUGAGUCUGGGAUGGCUGUUGUUGUUGGAGAACUGUCUCUGGUUCGUGCCAGGUUGUUAGACAUCGAGAAACCUUCAAGUUUACGUGACAAUAUGGCAUCUCUGAGUUUGAGUGAGGAAAGCACAACCAUUGCUAGCUACAGCCUUUGUGAUGGGCUCCAGGUGUUUGUGUGUCAGGGUGACAUCACCAAGCAACAUGCUGAUGCUCUGGUAAAUGCAGCCAAUCAGGACUUGGAGCACUCUGCAGGUGUUGCUGCUGCACUGAGUCGAGCUGGUGGUCCUGAAAUACAGAGAGAGAGUGAUGAAUUAGUGAAGUGUUUGGGGAAAAUUCCCAUAGGAGAAACAGUAGUGACCACAGGGGGUAACUUAAAGUGCAAGAAACUGCUUCAUGCAGUUGUGCCUGUAGGUGGAAAAGCAAGUAAGAGAGAUAAGCUGUUACUGGAAAAAACUGUGCAUUCUGCUUUAAAGUUUUCAGAAAUAAUGGAGUUUCAGUCCAUAGCCAUUCCUUGUAUCAGCUCAGGUGUCUCUGGGGUUCCUCUCACUGUGUGCACUGAGGCAACUGUUGCUGCUGUGAAGGACUUUGGCAGUGUGGGAGGUCGGAGUGUGAGGAAAAUCAUCCUGAUUGAUAACAGAGAGGAGGCGGUGAGGGCCAUGCAGGAAGCAUGUGACAGGCUUCUCCAAGGGAUAGAUACACCUGAUGAAGAUACAGCAAGAGGAGCCACUGCCAGAGCUCCUGGAGGCAGAGUCCACAUGGAGGUUAUUCAGGGAUCGAUCGAGAGCCAGCAGGUGGAUGCUUUGGUGUGUCCUAUGGUUGGCCAUCCUCUCUCUACCCGUGUUGGAAAUGCUUUAUUUGCAGUAGCUGGACGCCAGCUGACCACAAGGUUUAGAAAGGAAGCAGAAGAUGAAACAAUGCCUGGUGACUCAGUACUUCUGGAGGGCUUACCUGGACUUCAAUGUAAUGCAGUCUUCUUCCUCAAUCUCGUUCGCUGGGAUGGUGACCCAGAGGGUGUUGCAGUCCAGAUACUUCGAAUCGGCAUCAACACAAUACUGUCUUCUUGUGAGAAGAAAGGAUUCAGAUCUGUCGCUCUUCCUGUCCUCGGUGCUGGGAUGGCCCUGCAAUUUCCUGUCAGUGAGGUGGAGAAGGUGUUAAUGGAGGAAGUUCAUGUAUUUGAAGAGGAGCGAACGGGCAUCACACCAUUCUUGAUCCGCAUUGUCAUUCACCCAGAUGACGAGGAGACACACAAGACAUUUGGCUCUGUCCAAAAUGACAAAUUCACUGAAGAUUUUCACCACAAAGACCCAGGCCAAGAGUCAACAACGAUGAGGCUGGUCCUGCUGGGAAAAACUGGAUCUGGGAAAAGUCACCUGGGUAACACCAUUCUUGGAGAGGAGCACUUUGCCACCUACCCCUCUCCAAACUCAGGGACAAUGAAAUGCCAAACAGAAACCAAAACAGUCAGUGGAAGAAGCAUCACUCUGAUUGACACCCCUGGUUUCUUUGACACAGGAAGGUCUGAGGUAGAUUUGAACUCUGAGAUAAUGAGCUGUAUGACAGAGUGUGCUCCUGGGCCUCAUGCUUUUCUCAUUGUGCUUCGAGUGGGUAGGUUCACAGAGCAUGAGCAGGCUGUCAUCACUAAGAUACGUCAGUCUUUCUCAGAUGAAGCUCUAAAAUAUGCUCUAGUUGUUUUCACUCACGGUGAUCAGCUCGACAAAAAGAUGAAAAUUGAAGAUUUUGUCAGUCAGAACGAAAAUCUGAGUGACCUGGUGUCAAAGUGUGGUGGUCGGUGCCACGUCUUUGAUAACAAACACUGGAACAACAACCAGCCAAAUAACUACAGGAGCAACCAGUUCCAGGUGGAGGAGUUACUGAAAACAACAGAAAAAAUGGUGGCGGAUAGAAACGGAGGCUACUACACAAAUAAAACACUGCAAGAUGUGGAGAUGGCAAUACAAGAACAGAUUGAACACAUUAGACACUCAAUGCCAGAUAAAACCCCAGAAGAGAUCAGAAGCCAGGCCAGAUCAAAAGUGUCUAAUAGGUUUCUGAUCCAAAUCGCAGGGAUUGCAACAGGAGCUUUGCUAGGCACUUUUUUUGGUGUAGUAACAUUUGAUGAAUUUGUGAAGAACCCACAAUUGAUGAAUUUCACAAAAAUGCUUUCCACAUUAGCAUGUGUCCCAACUGCACAAGAACCAAAAGCAGUUGCUGGAGUAGCAGGCUUGGUGUGAGCAGCUGCAGUAGGAGGAGUAAUGGGAGGUGUCAUUGGAAAUGAACUAGCAAAGGAUGCAGAGUCACUUUCAGAAGCUGUACAGAGAACAUAUAAGGCUGUAGAAGGAAAAAGAAAAUCUCUCACUCAGUUCAUGUAAGUUUUUUU